UACGCGGCGGGUUGACUAUCUCUUUCGCACAACUCGUAUUGCUACAAAAGUGAUUUGAUGAACUCAAUUUUUCAAGAGUAGUUGUUCGGUACGCGAGUCUUUCGGUAGUGUCGGCUUGUGUUAUUUAGUUAUACUAUACAAGUGUAUACCAGUGUUGUAUAAUUCUAAGUGAAUUCUGUAAAUAAAAAGUUAGAAAAUGCCACCUAUAGGCGGCUGGAUCUGUUGUAGCCGUAAGAGCAAGUCAGUAGCUCCCAUAGACAAUUCGGAGACAGAUGGAGUAUUUGACUAUGACCUAGCGGUCAUUGGUGGUGGGUCCGGCGGUCUUGCGUGUGCGAAAGAGGCCGUGAACCAUGGCGCACGCGUUGUGGUGUUGGACUAUGUCACACCCUCGCCACAAGGCACUAAAUGGGGACUUGGUGGUACGUGUGUGAAUGUAGGGUGUAUACCCAAGAAGUUGAUGCACCAGGCAGCAUUACUCGGCGAGAGCAUACAUGAAGCCGUUUCUUACGGCUGGCAAGUGCCUUCAUUGGACGCCGUGAAGAUAGACUGGUCAGCGCUCACACAGUCCGUACAAAACCACAUUAAAUCUGUCAAUUGGGUGACCAGAGUCGAUCUCAGAGACAAGAAGAUAGAAUACGUAAAUGGCCUGGGAGAGUUCAAGGACCCACACACGGUUGUGGCGACGUUGAAGAAUGGAUCCAAAAAGGAGUUGACGGCGAAGAAUAUAGUUAUAGCAGUCGGUGGCAGGCCCCACUACCCGGAUAUUCCGGGCGCACUCGAGUACUGCAUCACCAGUGAUGACAUAUUCAGUUUAAGUAACCCGCCCGGGAAGACAUUGGUCGUAGGAGCUGGAUAUAUCGGUUUAGAAUGCGCCGGUUUCCUCAACUCGCUGGGGUACCCGGCGACGGUACUGAUUCGAUCGGUCCCCCUCCGUGGCUUCGACCAGCAGAUGGCGAACAUAAUCACCAACGAGAUGGAGGAGAAGGGAAUCAAACUGCACCACCGGUGCAUCCCGCUGUCGGUGGAGAAACUCGAGUCUGGACAAUUGAAGGCGCGCUGGACAAACACGGAAACAAAGGAACAAUUUGAGGACGUAUUCGACACGGUGCUCAUAGCGACGGGUCGUUACGCGCUCACUAAGCAAUUGAAUCUGCCAGCGGCGGGAAUCAAUACUGUGUCAGAGAAUGGUAAGAUCGUGGCGGCGACCGAACAAACCAACGUGCCGCACAUCUACGCGGUGGGCGACGUGCUGGAGGGCCGGCCUGAGCUGACCCCGGUGGCGAUCCACGCGGGCCGGCUGCUCGCCAGGCGGAUAUUCGGCGGCGCCACCCAGCAGAUGGACUACGACAACGUCGCCACCACAGUCUUCACGCCACUCGAGUACGGGUGCGUGGGACUCAGCGAGGAGACCGCUAUACAAAGACACGGCACGGACAAUAUCGAGGUGUACCACGCGUUCUACAAGCCAACGGAGUUCUUCAUCCCGCAGCGGAACAUCCGCAACUGUUACCUGAAAGCGGUCGCGUUGCGCGAGGCGCCCCAGCGUAUACUGGGCCUCCACUUCGUGGGCCCGGUCGCCGGAGAGGUCAUACAGGGCUUCGCUGCUGCAAUUAAAUGCAACAUCACGAUGGAGCAGCUAAAGAACACAGUGGGCAUCCACCCGACGGUGGCGGAGGAGUUCACGCGGCUCAACAUCACCAAGCGCUCCGGCAAGGACCCCAAUCCCGCCUCUUGCUGCAGCUAAACACCACGCGCGGACACACGUGCGUUUCACGAUGCCUUCACACUACUAAAUAAAAUUGGUCUUAACUCCCUUCACGAUAUGGUUUAAUUUUAAAUGUCAACAAUGACUUUAUCAUUUGAUCAGUGGAUUUACUUUCCUGACUCUACUACGGACGAGACGAUAUUAUUAUCCAGGCGGCCCGGUAUAGUGUUUUUUUUUAUUUCGAAUUUUACUUCUCAUUCUUUGCAUUUUUCUCGUAUUUGUUGACGUUUAAAAUAAAAUACUAAUAUCAAUGUAGUUAAAUUGUAUACGUAAUCUGAUGGAGUGAUCGUAUCGUGAGACGCUGUCCUACGCUCUGUUGGUAUACGACACUCGUUUCAUGCAAUAUAGACGGACGUAUAGAUACAGUAAUGUAUAGAUUACCCUAUUACGUAACUAACAUGUCGUGAAUUUACUGGGUACAGAGGAAUAACAUGCGUUGCCAUUCCUGAGUCCUCUGGAAUGGCAACGCAUGGGGGGUAUCAUGGGCGAAACAGUAUACUCUGUUAUGUCCAUGGUACUGCUCAUGUCUAUAGGCGACGGUUACCACUUUCCAUCAAGUGGGUCAUCAGCUUGUUUGCCAUUCUAAGUUGUAUAAAAAAAUAAAAA